UGGCAGCGCGCAGCUAGCAAGCUCCGCCGUCCCUGGUCAAGCAUCGUCCUCGAGAAAGGCAUCAAGGACACUCUCCUCACCGACGCACGUGACUUCCUCGCCAGCCAAGCUUGGUACGUCCAACGUGGUAUCCCAUACCGCCGUGGAUACCUGCUCCACGGUGUGCCCGGGUCGGGGAAGACGAGUCUUAUCCAUGCGCUGUCUGGUGAGCUCGGUCUAGACAUCUACGUUAUUUCCCUUUCUCGGCGGACGAUGGACGACCAGGCGCUUAACGAUAUCGUCAACCAGCUCCCACCGCAAUGUAUCGCACUCAUGGAGGACAUCGACUGCGCUUUCAAGAAAGGCAUCACUGCUCGUUCUGGCGCUGAUGACUCUGAGGAUGGCGAGGAAACGGUGACGCCGAAGGAAUCAACGGCCGCAGCCGCACCAAACGAUCCCGGUGCCGCCGCCGCGGGGAGCAUCACCCUCUCCGGUCUGCUCAACGCCAUCGACGGUGUAGCAGCUCACGAAGGUCGUCUGCUAUUCGCGACCACUAACGUGCGCGAGGCGCUUGACCCGGCGCUUAUCCGCCCCGGGAGGAUGGAUGUCGUUCUUGAGUUCCGGAAUGCCAGUCGGGAACAGGCAGAGGAACUCUUCAAGUGCUUCUACCCCCCCGACGGCACCCCCGUGCUGCAAAUCGACUCCCUGCCGACUGCUGGCGGUUGCCAGCUUACGCGCGAAGCGCGGGACCUUCUCGCAUCCCGCUUUGCUGCUCUCCUACCUGAGCGAGAGCUGAGCAUGGCCGCCCUCCAGGGGUACCUCAUGCUACACAAGGUUGAUGCUGCGGCUUGUGUGGACGGAGUGGAGGAGUGGGUCAGGAAGGAACGG